UUCCUAGGGAGUCGUGGUGGGGUAAGGGGUGAAGUUGGUGAUGGGGGAGGCAGCUGUGGCCGCUGGGCCUUGCCCGCUGCGCGAGGACAGCUUCACACGCUUCUCCUCGCAGAGCAACGUGUACGGGUUGGCGGGCGGCGCGGGCGGGCGCGGGGAGCUGCUGGCAGCCACCCUUAAAGGCAAGGUGCUGGGCUUCCGCUACCAAGACCUCCGACAGAAAAUCCGGCCGGUGGCCAAGGAGCUGCAGUUCAACUACAUUCCCGUGGAUGCUGAAAUUGUCUCCAUCGACACCUUCAACAAGUCGCCCCCAAAGAGGGGUCUGGUUGUGGGGAUCACUUUCAUUAAGGACUCAGGGGACAAGGGCAGCCCCUUCCUCAACAUUUACUGUGACUACGAGCCCGGCUCUGAGUACAACCUCGACUCCAUUGCCCAGAGCUGCCUGAACCUGGAGCUCCAGUUCACACCUUUCCAGCUGUGCCACGCAGAGGUCCAGGUUGGCGGUCAGCUGGAGACUGUGUUUCUCUUGAGCGGGAAUGACCCAGCCAUUCAUCUCUACAAGGAGAAUGAGGGGCUGCAUCAGUUUGAGGAGCAGCCGGUGGAAAACCUCUUCCCGGAACUCACGGACCUGACCAGCAGCGUCCUCUGGCUGGAUGUACACAACCUUCCCGGCACAUCCAGAAGGCUGUCAGCGCUCGGCUGCCAGAGUGGGUACGUCCGCGUGGCUCACGUGGACCAGCGGAGUCGAGAGGUGCUGCAGAUGUGGUCGGUCCAGCAGGAUGGCCCCAUCUCCCGGGUGAUCGUCUUCAACCUGGAGGCUCCUGAGGAGACACAGGACAGGCCCCAGCAGGAAGAGUACAGCGUGCUGGUGGCCAGCAUGUUGGAGCCAGCAGUGGUGUACCGGGACUUGCUGAACCGGGGCCUCGGGGAUCAGCUGCUCCUGCCAGGCAGUGACCAGUUUGACAGCGUCCUCUGCGGCCUGGUGACUGACAUCGACCUGGACGGGCGGCCAGAGGUCCUAGUGGCCACCUACGGACAGGAGCUGCUGUGUUACAAGUUCAGGGACACAGAGCGUGGCUUCCAGCUACUGUGGCGUCGCAGUUUCUCCAGCCCGCUACUGGCCAUGGCACACGUGGACCUGACCCAGGAUGGGCUGCGUGAACUGGCAGUGGUCUCUCUCAAGGGCAUGCACAUCCUGCAGCACAGCCUCACACAGGCCUCAGCACUGGUCCUCACCCGUCUCCGCCAGCUAGUGGAGCAGAGAUGUCAGCUCUCGAGGUUGGGGGACAGGGGCAUUUCCAGGGCUGCCGAACCCCCGAGCUCCUGAGACCUGCUUGGGCCCUGGGCUGUUCCUGGGGUGCUCGUCUGAAGCUGGUGACGUGGUGGGAGACAUCUGAAAGACUGGGUGCUCUCCCCAGGCCUCCCAGACUGUGGGGCUGUGGUGUCCUACUCUGGCUUUGCCCCAAGAUGCCCCAGGAUCCUGGAUGACCCCUUCUUUGUGCCUCAGUGACCCCUUGAACACCCGGGUGGCCUCUCCUGAUUGCACCCUCACAUCCACCGAGCUCCACCAGGGCAGCAGUAACUUCUUUGUUCCGUGUGAUGAGCACCUGCUAGGAGCUGGACUUGGGGGAUGGGCUGGGGGGAGUGUUGGAUGCCAGGUUGGCCCAGAAGAACGGAUGGAGGGGCAUUUGGGGGAAAGGGGCCCAGGCUGGACCCAGCAAGUGAACCCAGGGGGAGAGCUCAGUCCAGCCCCUGGAAGGAGAGAAACCAAGCCCAUCCCAGCUAAGGCUGAAGAAGUCAAACCUCUGAGGAAAAGGACUGGAGUGCGGGGGUGUCCGAGGCCAGGAGGCCCCCCCCCCACCGUGUGGAGAAUUCCUCUGUGGGGAAUUCUCAGGUUAGCUUUCCCACCCCACCUGUGUUUUUGGGGAGGCAAAACCACAGCCUCAGAAGAGAGGCUUUGGACACAAAGCACUGCUGGGGAUGAAAGGGGUGGGAUGGUGGGAAGAGUCCCGGCUGAAACCCCCUGCUUCCCCCACCCUGCUUCUGGCCAUAAUGCUAGGCUCCUUCCCUAAUAAAAGUCAUUGUGUUUUGA